AUGUCUACAAGGGAAUGGGUUGACCAAAUGUCCAACAACAAUGCCCUGUUAUCUGCAAUCCUGCAUGUCAUCCAUCUGCAAAUGUAUGCAGAUGGCAGGGAAGCAUUGAUCUGCCUUGGCAAACAGGUGGAACAGUGGGUGGAUUUGGAUAUGAGCUCCAUACUGCCAAUAUGGAGCUCCACAUAUGGCCACAUGUCUGUGAUGCUGCACUACAACCCAGGGAUGAUCAUUGCAUUUUCAGGUUCAGCAUUGGAGCAUGGGGUGGGAGCUGUAGAUGGUGACAGAGCAUGCCUGGCAUACUACAUGCAUGCCAAUACCAGUUGCAACUGGAGAACUGUUGAUUUGAAGCUGCAAAAUUUAAUGUUAGAUUUAGAUAUGCUGGCUCUUGAACUUCAGAUAGGUGGUGUUGCCAAGAUUUUGCAAAUGAGUGGGUGCUUUGACAUCAUAGAUUGGGUGGGUACUCAGAGCUAA